AGUUCAUGCUACUGUUUGGUAUCUUUGUAGAUGGUAUCAAAGAUUUUAUACACUGCUCUCCAAAUCAACCAUCUAUCAAGUAAUAACAUAAACAGUUCACGCUCUUUAUUUAUCAUAAUUCUUGACAAUGUGUAUUGUUUGUUGUAGUCUUAGAACAUAAAGACUUGCUCUUUUUCAUGCACAGUUUCUUGAUUAUUGCAUCUUACAAGUAAAUGAGGAUAAUAACACUUACAAUAACACCACCCUUAUUGUCAAACCAGCGUUCAAGUGUGCCAAAGUUUGGCAACUGGGAAAACGACGACAACGUCCCUUACACAGUCUAUUUCGACAAGGCCAGAAAAAAUCGAGGUGGGGGAAAAGUCAUAAACCCAAAUGACCCCCAAGAAAAUCCAGACAUGUUCCCUAACAACGAUCCUUCCUCCAAAUCAAGAACCAAAUCAGACGAGCCAAUUGGGCCGGGCCCUGAACACAGAACAGCAAGUAAAGAGGACAGUGAUUUUAAGCGGUUCACCAAUUCCCCUGCUCGGGCUGAGAAUAUGGGCCAGAGGUCCACGAAGGCGGGCCGGCCAACGAGGCGCAGUGAAGGGUCUGAGCAAGGCUUUGAGCGUUCGCCACUUCACCCGCAUUAUCAGGCAAAAGUAACGGGGAGAGUGAGUGGGAGUGGGUCCCCUUCUUGGGAAGGAAAGAAUCAUGACAGUAGUCAUGGUACACCAGGAAGAUCUCGCCUAAAGCCAACCUCUAGAGGCGAUGAAAGUCCUGAAAAAGGUGCUGCCAUCCCGAAAUUUGGUGAAUGGGACGAAAGUGACCCUCAGGCAGCUGAAAAUUUCACUCACAUUUUUAACAAGGUUCGAGAAGAAAGGAAUACUGGGCCAACUAAUGUUUCAGGCACACCAAAGCAUCCGUCCUAUGGUGCUCGCCCUCAACAAUCCAAAGAUCCUAAGGUUGGUUAAUCAAUAUCCUAUUUGUGAUAAUCUAUAUCUAUAUCAAUAAUCUCUUAAAAGGGAGAGUUGUUUCUUUGUUUUAUCUAUGAUCUUAUUCAACUUUUAUUUUAUAUUUACACAUUCAAUAAUUUAUUUUUUAGCAUGUAAAGACGGUAGAAUUAGCUAAGUAAAUAUAAAAAUUAAAAUAAACAAAUAGAAUCAAAC